UCUCACAACAUUCUCGCGCGACAUCUUCCAUACCGUCCGUGCCUCCACGUCACAGCGGGGCACUUCACGCCGCUUAUGCAUCAGUCGGGUCUUGCAGGUCUGUCAGGCCUGUGCCGAGUCACCGACCAUCUCUAUCUCAGCAAUGGCCGAGCGGCUAAAGACUCCUCCCAGGUGACCCGGUGCAAGAUAAAGUGCAUCGUGAACGUCACUGAGUCCAAGAGCCGCUGCCCUCUUCACCCCGGGGUGGAGUACGUCCACAUCCCGCUGCCUGACUCCCCGCUGUCUCCCCUCAGCGAGCAUUUUGACGAGGUGGCGGAUAAAAUACAGUUCACUGCGGAGCGCGGCGGCCGCACCUUGGUGCACUGCAACGCCGGGGUGAGCCGCUCCGCCUCCCUGUGCAUGGCCUACCUGAUGAAGCACCGCGGGGUGCCUCUCCUGGAGGCCCACAGGUGGGUGAGGACCUGUCGACCCGUCGUGAGGCCCAAUAACGGCUUCUGGAAACAGCUCAUCCGCUAUGAGAUGGAGCUCCGCGGGUGCACUUCUGUCCGAAUGGUCUCCUCCUCCAUGGGAGAGCUACCAGACAUUUAUGAACAGGAGGCCAGAAAUAUGAUGCCACUGUGACGAAACUACUGCUUCAGUAGGGAUAGUAUUAACAAUUAAACAAUGUAUGGCCAUAAAUGUACUGUAUUGUGUGUCGCAUGCACAUUGAUAAACUGCUGUUUUGUCAUCUGAACAAAACAUAAAGGCUUCAUUUACUGAUGAGUUAUUAUAGGCUACACUACAUCUCAAAGGAAACUAUUGUACUCCUUACUUCAAUGCAUUUAUCUCACAGCUAGUUACUAGUUUGUGAGUUUAGCCUACAUUCAAAACAUUAUACAAAACAUGCAUCCACAUGCUCAUUGGCUUGUUGUCAAGUGGGGCCCCUGGUCACAUUUCUUUAUGGUGUCAGCAAUUGUACCAAAGAGUGUUUCGCAAUAGAUUUCUCGGGUGUGUUCAAAGAUGUAAAACUAUCCAAUAUUUCAUAAAAAGCAGUU